AUGUAAAAAUAAGGUUCAUGUUCACAUUUUUCAAAGUAUAAGCUUGAAUCUAUUGGAAAUUUGAUCAAGACUAAUUUUACAUUUUGUGAUAAUGCUAAAAAGUUAUAAUGUGAAAGUGAUGUUGAAAAAUGGUUAUGCAUUGAAUGUGGAUUUUUUGGGUGUAGUAGAAAUAGUAAUAAUUAAUGUUCAUUAAAACAUAAUUAAUAAACUAAUCAUCCACUUUCUAUAUCUAACAAUUCAUUUGCUAUUUGGUGUUAUGUUUGUGAUAAUGAUUUAGAGACAAUUAUUGAAGAAACUGAUAAUAAGGGAUAGAAAGAGAAAAUCAUUAAAUUUCUUGAUAGUAUGAAAAAUCUAUUGUUCAAAAAAAUUAAAUAAAACAAACCAACAUAAACAAUUUAAUAAUUCUAAUAAGUCUAAUAAUAAUAAUAAUAACCUGAAACUUUGAAUCAAGAUAUUAAAUAAUCAAUUACUUAACCAUUAAAUUAUACACCUAAACAAGUUUUUGGAUUGAGGAAUUUAGGAAAUACUUGCUUUUUUAAUUCUGUUAUGUAAUGUUUAAAUGCAACAGAGAGUUUAAAUUAAUUUUAUUUAGACCAUAAAAAAUUUAACUUUUCAUCUUAUAACAAUAAUGUAGAUAAUGAGGAUGAUGAUGAUUGGACUACUGUUGAGACUAAUAAAUAAAUUAAAUAAUAAGUGAGACCUAAAAGUUCAAAAUUAUCAAUUAAUUAGAUAUAUCAGAAUUUUUUAUUAAAUAGUAGGAAGAGUAAAGGAUUAGUGGAUCCAGCUGAUUUAUUCAAAUCUAUAUAGGCAGUGUAAUAUUUUCAUGAUUAUCAAUAGUUAGGGUAGAUUUAGAUCAAUGGCUUAAUAAGAUGCAUCUGAAUUACUUAGAUGUUUAUUAGAUGCUUUAUCAACAGGAGAAGAAAAUACACAUAUAGGAAGAAUCAAUAAAACUAAAACAAAUGGUAAACCUAAGAGAACUAUAGUAGAAAAUAUAUUUGGAAGUUAUUUGUGCAAUUAUUGUAAGAAUAUUAGUUAAUAAUAAUUAGUGGAAUGUUUAGAUUGUGGUUUCGUUAGUAGAACAUUUGAUUUCUGUCUUGAUUAUACUGUUUAAAUAAGAAAACCAAAAGGAUUAAUUAAUUAGAGAUUUUAAGAGGAAUACUCAGAAAUUACAAGUGAAGAAUUACAAGAUGUUAUUGUUCCAUAUUUACAUAACUCUAUUUUAGUUCAAAAGAAUAACAAUCCACCUAAGAUCUAAUAAUAAAAAUAAUGUAAUCUAAGUGUUAUUGAUUGUUUGGAUGCCUUUACUGAAUAUGAAGAAUUGAACUAAAAGAAUAAUUAUUUUAAAUGUGAGUAAUGUGCAAAGUAAGGUAAAAAAUCGGUAAGGGCUUUAAGAAAGUUCUUUUUCUAUGAUUUACCUUAAGUUGCUACAAUUAUUUUGAAGAGAUUUUAAUAAAAAUCAGCAGGGAGAUUUGAAAAAGUAACAGAAUAAGUUGAAAUACCAGAAACUAUUUAUUUAGAGGAUUAUACUAUUUUAAAAGGAGAACCAAGUCAAACUAUUGAAGAAAUAUAGGCUUAGAAAUUUAAAUAUUAAUUAUAUGGUGUAGUGGUUCAUCAAGGUACUAUGACAGGUGGACAUUAUGUAUCUUAUGUGAAGCACAAAGAAAAUAAUUAAGAUCAUUGGUUCUAUUUUAGUGAUAGCAAUUUCAAAGAGGUCUCUCUUAAAUAGGCUCUUAGUAAUCAAGCUUAUAUUUUAUUUUAUGAAAGAGUCUGA